AUGGAGCUUGAUUGUAUGAGCAGGGUGUGUAGCUUCCUGCGGAAGUUUCUCUCAGUUAUCAUGGGUAUCUUGUUGGCUAUUUUUACACUUCUGUACGUCAUUGGUGCGGGUCGUGUGAUUACACUUGAGCAUAACUUUAAGCAUGCUGGAUUUGCUUACUUUCUUGGCAUUUUGUUCUCCAUCAUUACAGUCAUUUGUUAUAUUUCUCUACACUUUGUCCCCCGUAAGGCCUAUCGUCUGCUGUACUUCAUCUCAGUCAUGCUGGUGCUCUCGAUGUUCUUUGUGGCCCACUCGAUGGGACUCGCUGGCCCCGUUGUAAGUGACUGCAAUUUAUUGGGUAUAAUUAACUACAGUGAUAUUGUGGCGAAGUGGCGGAAUAUGGGGACGGUGGGUGUCAUCUUCAACAACGAAACCAAUACAAAAGAGGUCAUUGGAAAACUCGGUGAACCCGUACAACAUUGUGUAGAACAGGAGUUGACAUUUGCAAGUGCGUUGAUUAUGCUUAUUCUGCAGGUAUUUGCCCUCUUUGAUGUGCAGAAGGUACUCUUGACGCGAGUGAGGUCCAAAACAUACGGUGAACGCUUUGUGGAGAUGGGCAUUAGUAAUUAA